GACAGAGCUUGUCGUGCAGGUGUACGAUAUGUAUCUAACCACUAUUUGUUGUCUCCUGCUCCUUGGAUGGACGACUGCAAACAAAUCUCCUCUGUACAUCGGUGCCCUUUUUAGGGCCGGCAGUACGUGGUAUGCUCCGUAUUCUUAUGCACUCAAACAAAUGUUUGAUCUGGCUUUUGAGGAAAUUUCUGACCGCACGGACAUCUUGCAGGACUACGAACUGAAACUGAUCGUGAAAGAAACCGAGGGUCUACCAGGACAAUCAGCACAGAAAAUGUUUGAACUAAUCAACGAACCACCAACCAAGAUUGCACUCUUGGGUCCCCUCUUCUCAGACGAGUUAGUGUUGGUAGGACAGAUAACCCCGUUCUACAAUUUACUACAGAUGAGCUUUGUAGCCGGUACGUCUACUGUGAAAGACCGACCACUUUACCCAUCUCUGUACAGUGUCGUGUUCAUACAAGACGACCUCAAUCAACUCCGUAUAAGAAUGAUGAAAUACUUUGGAUGGACUCGGGUGGCCACCAUUCUCUUCGACCAGGAUUAUUUUGGAUCGCAAAUAGACGAAUUCCAUUCACUACUACAGGCAGAUAAUUUCACUCUACUGACUUCUAGUGUCAUCAUAGACUUAAGCAGGACCAAGGAACAUAUUCAACGGUUAAAGCAAUACCAUGCCAGAGUUAUAUUCGGAGCCUUUAGAUCAUCUCAUGCACCGGCGAUAUUCUGCGAGGUGUACAAACAGGGAAUGUACGGUAAUAAGUACGUUUGGAUACUGUCGGGUACCUCGAUGUACACGUCUUGGUCAGGUUCGAGUCUGGAUGGUACUGGUACAGAAUGUACACGGGAACAGAUACUGGAGGCAGCUCAGGGCUAUAUCACACUCGACCAUGAAUCUAUGGGGGAGGCAGAUCAACGUACCAUAAGCGGCAGGAGUGUUGCCGAAUAUGACGACUUCAUCCGAAGUCACCUUGCGCAGUUCCCUACCUACAAGAUUUCCCGGAAGCACACAUUUGCGUAUGACACCGCCUGGGCGAUAGCGCUGGGUUUGAAUGCUUCCCUGUGUUGUCUGAAUGGAUCGAUACUAACUGACUUUAACUACAAUAACAGCGAAAUGUUAAACAUCAUUCAGGAAAAGAUGGACCAUGUACAUUUUCAGGGUGUUUCAGGACCUGUUUCGUUCAAUAACGGGAGACGUGUUGGAUUCUCGUACAUCCAAUCAAACAAAGAUUUUAUAAGGACAUCUGUUGCCAAAUAUGAUCCCGAAGAUGACUCUUUAAAUUGGACCAUUAAUCCUAAUUUACUGUUUCAAGGCGGAAAGGUUCCUAAAGAUGUAUUCACCAAUAUAACCAAAUACUUCACCAUUCCUUUUAGUGCCAUGGUUUCGAUGAUUAUUAUAGCCACCCUGGGAUUUUUAAUGGCUUUGGGUUUUCUCACGUUCAAUUUAUACUUCAGAGAAAAUAGAAACAUCAAAAUGUCCAGCCCCCGCAUAAACAACGUGAUAAUCGUUGGCGCUGUCAUCAUGUAUAUAUCCGUCUGUGUGUCCACCUACAGCUCCUACAGUCUACCAAACGUCGGGGACGCCACAUGUAUGGUAAAUACCUGGGUGUAUUCGAUAGGCUUCACAACAAUUUUUGGGGCCCUCUUUUCCAAGACCUGGAGAGUGCACGUACUCUUCAAGCAAUCGUCCAUCUCACGAAAGGUCAUCAAAGACUCUCAGCUGUUUGGCCAUGUUGGGGUACUACUACUACUUGACGUCAUCCUCUUGACGGCCUGGACAGCCAUCCAUCCGCUGAAAAUGGAACAGAUGCAGAUCACUAGAGAGGCCUCUGAUGAUGACGUGGUACUGUCCGAGGUAUUUAUGGAAUGUAACAACCAUUUCUUUGUAUACUGGGCGGCCGCCGAGUACUUAUACAAGGGUCUUCUUCUAGCCUUUGGCACCUUUCUGGCCUGGGAGACACGUGAUAUCCACGUGGCAGUCCUCAAUGAUUCCAUAUACAUCGGCUUCUGCGUGUACAACAUAGUAGUGGUGUGUGCCAUUGGAGUGCCCACAUAUCAUAUACUGACAGUGGAACAGUCCCUCAUCAAAUACGUCCUCCAUAACUGCUUGACGGUCUUCUGUACCUCUCUCGUCCUCUGUAUCCUCUUCAUACCAAAGAUUGCUCUGCGGAAUCAAACAGAAAACAUCAGAUUUGUGUCGACAUUAAAGAGAAAAUCUAAAUCAGAAGUCCCAACUAUUUCAGCCACCACUAAAAUGACGACACUACCACAUAGCACCACCACCACCAAUGAGAGAACACCAAUGAAGAAUGAAUCACACAAUUCAAAGAUAUUAAUGCUUGAAGUGAAAAGCAAGUCGGACGAAGCAAGUACAUCAUCUACAGGUCGAGUACUAUCUCUCUGAGAGGCAAAUGUCAGCGGAAGCUUACAAAACGUGUUUCGUGAAACUGGUCUUGCAUUAACAGAAUCUUAAAGCAAUGAUGUUAACAUGAAGAAAUGGCCACAGCUGAAAAGAAAUCAAGAUCUUGCGGAAUAUUUAUACCACAUAUGAGUUUUAUUUCAGAUGAGGUUGAUAUACGAGUAAAGUCUCCAACCCCGACAUCUGUGACAAAUAUAUCAUAAAAUGAUAACACAUUGAACAAUCUAUUUAUCAUUUUAUGGCGUCAAAUGUGACGUCAGCUGUCCCAAAUCAUAGUAUACUAAUGCUAUAUCGUCAUGCUUAAUUCAUUUAUAUUUGAUGUUAUUGAUAGAGUACAGAUUUCUACGUUUGGUAACUAUUUAAAAUUCAUUUGUUUGAGAAGUACAUUUGUUUGACAUAAAUUGAUACAUGUACUCGCAUACAGUACAUGCCCGUGCUUGUCUUUUCUAUUUUUAGUUGAUCUACUGGUGUGUUUUGAUUGAUCAAUAACGGUGGUAUUUCUGUUUGAAGUUCGAAUAAAAUAGAAUGCGGCAUAUACCAAGCUGUAAACAAGUUGGCGACGAUUUUAUCAGGUUUUAAUUGUAAUUAUCUUGACACCCUUUCUACAUUCCUUUAUCCCCUGAUAUCAAUGUUGAGUCCAGAAAGGACGAAACAGAUACAGCAUCUCUUGUUAAUAUCUAAGGGUAAUAUCAACUUGCAUUUUCGUAAAAUGAACUAUUAACUUGCGUUUUGUUAACCUUAUACAAUUAACUAUUAACUUGCGUUUUUGUAAAUAUUGUACAGUGUUUUUGUAACUUUUGUACACAUGUUUUGUAAAAAAAAUUAUUCUGUACUUUGUAUCGCUUUUUCUGUAUAUGUAUGAAUUGAAUUAAAGAUCAUAUUAAGAAAUAAAACAUGCAUGUUUGUAUUACAAGGUGAAGCAGGGACGCACUUCACACGGAUAUCCAAGUGUUGUCUGUAUAGUUUAGAAUACACCAAUUCCCCAUAGACCAAAUGACAUUCGAGAUGCUUAGAAGAAGGUAGAAUGUAAUAUCCAGGUCACGCUGAAUUCAAAAAUCCUUCAUUCAUAAUCUGCGAUGGUGCCAUAAAGUGAAAAAGGCUGGAAUUACACACAGAAACGACAUAAUGGUAGACAGGUCGAUAUUAAAGGUAACACACGUGAUAUGACAACGGUUAAAUGCUCGAAUACUGUAACACAACUUAUUUUCGCGUAUUUCUCGGUCGAUUAAGAUUCGCGAAAAUUAAUCGCCGAUAAAUGGUUUCUAUCCGAUAGUGUAGGCAUUUUGUGACUGUAAAUUGCAAAUCAAAUCUCUACGAAAAACUUGUUAGCCAUGAAAACGUGAAAUUAAUUCGCCGCGAAAAUAAGUUUUUUUUUACAGAAGUAUACAGCUAUCGCAGUAUACUGGAGUUAUCGAAGCAUAGUGUGAAUUAUGUAAUGUAUAUAUUUGAAGGCAACAGAUCGUUGUUGAAUUAUGUGCUGUGACAAUUUCGAGUAAUCAUGAAUAUUAUUGAUUCAUUAAUUCAAAUAUUUAUAAUAGUUUGAUUUUGGGAUUCAAAUAUCUAAAAAAAAAAAAAAAAAAA